AUGGAGAAGAACCAAUCUACCUCUGCUUCCACCACCUCACUUCCAUCCUUGUCCCUUUCAACUCCCGUUACUGAACCACCAUCUUCACCACUCGUUGAUCAACCCAACUUAAGCGGUGAAGAAGAAAAACUAAUCAUUCUCAAGACUCCUGAGAAAAUUCUCACGGAUCUCACAACAAAUAAUGAUACUAAUGGAGGAGGAAGCCUUCCACCAUCACCACCACCACCAUCACCACCGCAGAUGAUGACGAGUGGGGCUAUCGCAACUGCGGUGGGUGGUGGUGCAGUGGUUUUGGGUGGUGGUAACAUUAUUGGUCCUGUUAAAAGGCGAAAGGCUUCCGAAAUUAUUGAUCCUCCAAGCGGUACACCAACAUGUCCAAUUUGUAGCAAAACAUUUUCGAGUUGGAAGGGAGCCUUUGGACAUAUGAGAAAACACCCUGAUCGCCAGUACCGUGGCUUCUUCAAGCCACCUACUUUCCCCUCUGCCUCUUCAAAGGCCGCCACCAAUGCUAGUGGCAACCGUCACGAGGCUGCUGGCGAAGAAGGAAGCAGUGCUGAUGCCUCCGGCGAGGUUGGAGAAGGUGGAGCUUCACCGGCGGUUCGCAACCUGCUGUUUGACCUCAACCUCCCAGUGGAGGGAGUAGUUGAGGAAGAAGGGAAAAUUGUUUUAGGGUUUGAUCUGAAUGAGCCUGCGGCGGGUGAAGAAGAAGAGGAGAAAGAAGACAAGCAAUUUUAA